AUGAUGAACAGCGGAGGGAUCGGGGUGCCGCUGGGCUUCCCCUUGGGCCCCACGUCUGUCAUCCAGGUCACGAACCUGUCCUCGGCAGUGACCAGUGAGCAGAUGCGGACUCUCUUCGGCUUCCUGGGAGAUAUCGAGGAGCUGCGCCUGUAUCCCCCGGACAACGCACCUCUUGCUUUUUCCUCCAAAGUAUGUUAUAUUAAGUUUCGUGAAGCAUCGAGUGUUGGUGUGGCCCAGCAUCUAACUAACACGGUUUUUAUUGACAGAGCUUUGAUAGUUGUGCCCUGUGCAGAAGGUAAAAUCCCAGAUGAAGCCAAAGCCCUUUCUCUGUUGGCGCCUGCUCCUACUAUGACAAGCCUGAUGCCUGGUGCAGGGUUGCUUCCUAUACCUACACCAACCCCUUUGACUACACUUGGUGUUUCACUUGGCACUUUGGGGGCUAUACCAGCAGCAGCAUUGGACCCUAACAUUACCGCACUGGGAGAAAUACCACAACCACCAAUUAUGGGGAACGUGGAUCCAUCCAAAAUUGAUGAAAUCAGGAGAACAGUCUACGUUGGAAACUUGAAUUCCCAGACUACAACAGCAGAUCAGCUGCUUGAAUUCUUUAAGCAAGUUGGAGAAGUCAAAUUCGUGCGAAUGGCAGGUGAUGAGACGCAACCAACACGAUUUGCUUUUGUGGAAUUUGCAGACCAAAAUUCUGUACCUCGAGCUCUUGCCUUUAAUGGAGUUAUGUUUGGAGACAGGCCACUGAAAAUAAAUCACUCCAAUAAUGCAAUAGUGAAGCCUCCUGAAAUGACACCACAAGCUGCUGCCAAGGAACUGGAAGAAGUGAUGAAGAGAGUAAGGGAAGCCCAGUCUUUCAUAUCUGCUGCUAUUGAGCCAGAGUCUGGAAAGAGCAGUGAAAGAAAAGGCGGUCGAUCUCGUUCCCAUUCUCGUUCAGAAUCCAGGUCUAGCUCAAAAUCCCGAUCUAGAAGGAAAAGAUCACACUCAAAACACAGAAGUAGAUCUGGCAACAGAUCACUCUCAAGACACAAGGACAGACGCAGAUCCAGAAGUCCCCUGAAAAAACGGUCUAGAUCUAGGGAAAGGCGGAAUUCAAGAAGUCGUUCUCGUUCUCGGGACAAGAAAAGAGACAAAGAAAAGGUCAAGGAAAAAGAAAAGGCCAAAGAAAAGGAGAAGGAGAGAGACCGAGACAAGGAGAAGGAGAGAGACCGAGACAAAGACAGGGAAAGAGAGCGAGAUAAAGAGAGAAACAGGGAGAAGGACAAAGAGAAGGACAGGGAGAGAGAUAAAGAGCGAAACAAAGAUCGAGAGAGAGUCAGAGACAAAGACAGGGAUAGGGACAGGGACAAGGAUAAGGACAAAGACAGGGACAGGGACAAGGACAGGGAAAAGGAGAAAGAUAAGGAGAAGGAAAAAGAUAGGGAAGAGGUAGACCAGAACAAGGAAAAAGAAGAUAGUGAGAAAGAAGGAGAGAAGGACAGAGAGAAGAUUAAGGACAAGGAGGGAGAUAAGGACAAAGGAGGGGACAAAGAGAAGGACAGAGACAGAGAAAAGGAAAAAGAUGGGGAUAAGGAGAAGGAGCGAGAAAGAGAGAAAGAGAGAGAUGAUAAGAAGAAGAAAGAGAAGAGAUCCAGAACACCCCCAAGAAGCUAUAGCUCUUCAAGAAGAUCUCGUAGCUCCAGCAGAGAAAGGCGUAAAAGGAAGAGCAGAAGUCCCUCCAAGUCUCCUAAAACAUCCAAAACAACAAAAAGAAAGUCUUCACGAACUCCUUCUCCGAGAAGAAACAAGAAAGACAAAAAAAGAGAAAGAGAUACAAAUAAUGAAAGAAGAGAAAGAGAACGCUCCACCUCCAAGAAAAAAGGUAGUAAAGAAAAAGAGGGAAAGGAGAAAUCUGACAAAAGCACCACUACUGUGAAGGACAAAGAUCACACAAAAGAGGAUCAGAAUUCAGAAACUGACAAGGAGGUAGACAGCCGAGAUACACAAAGGACAGAUGAAGUCAAACUACAACAGAAUGGCAACUGUCAACCAAAUGAAGAAAAUCUCUCAAUUAAAAUGGAAGAGGUUUAAAGCAAAAAAUGGACCUCUGAUUCAACUAAGGAAGGAAAUCCAAAGCUUUUUAUUUCCCAGAAUGAGGAAGAAAAUGUCACAGCAAUCAACCUGAAUGUGUUGAUAGUAUUAGUAGCUCUUCCAAUUCUUGUGAUAGCUUUGUUGUCUUCUUGCUGUAAAGCAAGAGAGCACGGACCAGUAGUUAUACCAUGAAAAGGCAGAUGCCAUCAGAACUAUUCAUCUCUGAAAAUCCAUGCAUUUCCAUGAUGGCUGUACUUAUUUGUAAAAUGAUUGAUGUUAAGUUUUGCCAUAAGCUGUUACAAAUAAGUAGAAACUGAAAGUCAUAAACCUGUACUACCCAAAAAAAGCUGAAGAUAUGCAUUGAACGUUGUUUAAAAUACUGCUUGUUGAUGAAUUUUGUAUUGUUUUACCUUGUGGGUUAAAAAAUCCACAAAAACUUCAAUGUGUACUGUUUGAUGUGCUUGGAAAUGGUGCAUAAAUAUACACACUUUUUUUUGUUGUGAAUGACAACUGUAGGGAGAGGGUUUUUAAACAUCAACACAGUUUUACGGUUCUUAUGUUAAAUACCCACUGACUAGUAUGUUUUUCAUUUGCUCACUGCUUGAGAUUCUUGGGUUUUAUUAUUUAAAAUAAUUUCUCACUAAUAUCCCUAAAAUUAAUAUUUCUUUUAAAGUAUUUCAACAAUGCAUGCUACUUUUCUGUUCCUAAAAGGAACAUUGCCAUAUUAUAGAUAAUAGGUUAGCUUACUGGGUUAUUUUGGGGUUGUUUUGUUUUGUUGUUUUCUUUUGUCCUUCCAGAAGUGAGCACAUCUGUAUGAUGUUAUCAGAACUUACAGCUUUGUUUUGAGCCGUACUGCAGCGUGUCUGUUCAGCUGCAAGUGGUACAGAUGCCAUUAUGAAAAUAAAUUUUUCUUAUUUGUUCAAAAAAAUAUGGGAGCACAAGCAGAAGCUUUAGUGCCUUCUUAAAAUGUGGUAUUUUCUAGAAAUGUAUACAUGCUAUUACUCAUUUUCAGCUAAAUCUUACAUGAUCUCUAUUGCUAUUUUGCCACCACCAUACUGUAGACAAGAAUGCAAGUGAUUUGUCAGAACGGUUGUUUGAUUCACUUGUUAAAAUACUAAAGCUCCAUUUUUACUUUUAGUUUUCAUUUUUAGAAGAGAUUUAUAGAUGAAAGCAAAGAUGCAAUUUGGGGACUACCACUGUACAAAAGUAGUAGCGGAAUACAAAGCAUUUUCUGAUCAUCUGCAUCAAAGACAGCCCUUUAGACAUUUAAUCUGCAUUUGGAUGGCCUUAAUUGUUACCUCUCCAUCAUCUUCUCUGAUACCUGUUGGAUGAUAUAAAAGGAAUUGGAUGCAAAGAAGGGGGGAUAAGUAUUUUGGGGAAAAAAGUUUUAAUUUACACAGGAGUUAUAUGGUAGAGAUUUUUUUUCAUUCUUUGGGGAGAAAGCAUGUAAGAAGAGAAUGACAAAGCAAAUAUUUUUGUCAAGGGAAAACAUGGCUUGUGUUCUCUGAACUAAUUUAAUCGGUUACAUGAGAUUUCUUAAGAGUCAUACCUUAAAAACUUACUUAUACCUAAAAUCGAGUAGGUUAUUUUUAAUACAACUUAAUACAAUCAAAUUACUUAAUUGCCUUACCUCAUGGGAAGAGUUAUUUCUUUCAGUUGA